GGGAAAGUGGUCGGGAAGGCGCGGGCUCGGGUCGCCGCGGGUGGGACGCGCGAUCGUGAGACGCCGCCGGCCGCGCCGCGCCCACCGCCCCCGCCGCCCCGCGCCCCGCGCCCGGGGCCCCGCCGCCCCCCGCCAUGGGCAACACGAGCAGCGAGCGCGCCGCGCUGGAGCGCCAGGCCGGCCACAAGACGCCCCGCAGGGACAGCGCCGGGGGCGCCAAGGACGGGGACAGGCCCAAGAUCCUGAUGGACAGCCCCGAGGACGCCGACCUCUUCCACCCGGAGGGAGUCAAGGCCCCGGAGAAGGAGGAAUUCCUGGCCUGGCAGCAUGACCUGGAAGUGAACGACAAGGCGCCUGCCCAGGCCCGGCCCACCGUGUUUCGAUGGACGGGAGGUGGGAAGGAAGUCUACUUAUCUGGAUCCUUCAACAACUGGAGCAAGCUGCCCCUCACGAGAAGCCACAACAACUUUGUCGCCAUUCUGGACCUGCCCGAAGGAGAGCACCAGUACAAGUUCUUCGUGGACGGUCAGUGGACGCACGACCCUUCUGAGCCUGUAGUGACCAGCCAGCUGGGCACCGUUAACAACGUCAUCCAGGUGAAGAAAACGGACUUUGAAGUGUUCGAUGCCUUAAUGGUGGAUUCCCAGAAGUGCUCCGAUGUGUCCGCAGAGCUGUCCAGCUCCCCACCGGGCCCCUAUCAUCAGGAGCCCUACGUGUCCAAGCCCGAGGAGCGCUUCAAAGCCCCGCCCAUCCUCCCCCCGCACCUGCUCCAGGUCAUCCUCAACAAGGACACCGGCAUCUCUUGUGACCCAGCUUUACUUCCGGAGCCCAAUCACGUCAUGCUGAACCACCUCUAUGCACUGUCCAUCAAGGAUGGGGUGAUGGUGCUCAGUGCCACCCACCGGUACAAGAAGAAGUACGUCACCACCUUGUUGUACAAGCCCAUAUGAGCGGGCAGCGGACGUGUGCCCCGGGACCCUGCGCCAGCCGGCUCGAGGCGUGCAUGCGUCCCCGGGAGGAAGCGAACUGUUGGUUCUCCCCUCACGCUUUCUAAGACAUUUCAUAUCCGCUCUCGGCCGGCUGGAAGCUUUGUUCCAGACUCGGCAGCUCCUGGCGCAGCUCAGGCCAUUGGGGAUCUCGGCACCCAGGCAGCGGGGGCCUCUCCUGGCUCCCAAGGCCCAGGGCGGAGGAGGGGGAGCAGGAGCCCUGACCCCACGCAGACGGCCUUUGAAGGGGGCACGCGUGGGAAUUUUUUUUUUUUUUCCUGAAACCAAAAAGGAACACUAGCCGAGCUGCUAGUGAAAAUUCUGCCAAACAGGCAGGCUGUACCAAACUUCUAACUGAUGGGCUUUUCUAAGGCCGCUGGCUUGUCCUGCCAUGGCCUGGCCCAGGAGGCCCCGUGAGCAGUGCUCUUGCCUCUUAAAAUCAAAGCAAUAGAUCGUGCCCCCUCUCCGCGCCAGGGGAGUACCAUUUCUAUAGAAAUUAGAUCCGAUUUCCAGGUGAACUUUUACAGAUGUUUCUUACACUUUGGUGCACUCAGUACUUUGUGUCUUGUUUUGUUUUGUUUUUUUAAACACAACUAGAGGUGGUGGGCUGCCACCUAACGCGACCUUUUGAUCGCCCCUUCUAGACUCAAGAUCAUGUCGGCUGCGCUCAGCAAUAAUCUGUUCCUAGAACAGACCUUGAAACCAGUGCCAGAUCUCACCGUCCAGCUGGCUGGCCCUGAGCCUGAGACCGGGUCUCCCGUCCCUUUAUUCUCCCCGUGAUAAGGGGGCAGUUCCCUUGCAGACCUGGGCAGAGCCCCCUUGUCCCCAGUGGGCUUCUGCCACCCUCCUUGGCGGAGAGACCCUGCACUUGCUGCCUGCUCUGAUGUGGGGCGCUGGAUGGCAGCCCCCCCCACCCCCCACCGGGGAGACCCCCCGGACCAAGGCCGCCUCCUUCCCCCUGCCUGGCUGCAGGGCGACCGCACACGGGACAGGCAUGCCUCCCAGCUUCCCGAGAGCAUCGGGUAGAUCUGGGUCGGGGGACCCACUUUUUGUUACUGUUUUCGAAACAUGGAUUGGCUGUCGCCUUGGCGUGCGGCUUUCAAUAAAGCUUUGUAAAGAAUCCCGCCGCACGCACUCUU